AUGCCGACGCCGAAACGUCUUCGCUCGCCGCCGCCGGAUCCCGCGCCCGACGGAGGCGUCGGCCUCUUCGCCGUCAUCGCGACCGCUCGCGAGGCGUGGAGCGCGCUCGAGGAAAAGCUCGAAGACGCUCGCGAGGACGCGCGAGCCGCGGAGGAGGCGCUCGACGCGACGAAGGCGGCGCUCGCGAGGAAGACGGAGGAAUACGACGCGCUCUACGCCGCGCGCGUGCCGCCGUUCAACCCGAACGAGCAGCUCGCGAGCGUGCUCUUGUCGAACGUCCACGACCUGAAGACGCGCCUGGCGCUGUCGCAGGUGAACAAAACCUUCCUCGCGGCUUCGAAGCAAGACGCGAGCUUGCCAGGCCCUGAGGUGUUGUGCGAGUUCGCUGAAGUUUGCUUCCAUACUCGGGAGCGCGACAAGGAGAAAUACUUCUAUCUUAAGGCGGCUGCUCAAGGGCACGCGGAGGCGCAAGAGACGGUAGGAGUCAUGUGUUUCAAUGACGACGAGUACGCCACGGCUGUUUUCUGGUUUCAGAUGGCGGCUUCUCAGGGAAACGGCUACGCCUUGAAUAUGCUUGGAUACUGCUACAGAGACGGCCUGGGCGUGGAGAAAGAUCCUUCGAAGGCAGUUGCGUUGUGGGAGAAAGGUGUCACUACUCACGGAAGCGUUGAUUGCAUGACCAGGUUAGGGUUCUGCUACCAGCACGGCUGGGGCGUGGAGCAGGACGAGGCGAAGGCCUUGAUGUGGUACCGCAAGGCGAAUGCUGGAGGUUGUUCCGACGCGGCCCAAGUUCUACGAGAUCAUUUCGACUAUUAA